GCAGCGAAAGCAGGCUGGUGUGUCUUUAAACCUCCGUUGGCUGCUUAGUCACAGCCCCCUUGCUUUGGGUGUGUCUUUGAGCGCUCCCUCCCUCUUAGGUCACUCUUUCAAAGCCUGGAAUAAAAACCGCAGCCAACUUCCGAGGCGGCCUCAUUGCCCAGCGGCCCCCAGCCUGUGACAGGUUCCAUCCAUUUUCCUUGCCCCCCCGCUCCCCGCGACCCUCUUUAAGAGACGACUAGAUUCCCUCGGUUCCAUCCCGCACACCAUGGACAAGUGUUGGUGGCACGCAGCUUGGGGACUCUGCCUCUUGCAGCUGAGCCUGGCACAGCAGCAAAUCGAUUUGAAUAUAACCUGCCGCUUUGCAGGCGUAUUCCAUGUGGAGAAAAAUGGCCGCUACAGUAUCUCAAGGACUGAGGCAGAAGACCUCUGCCAGGCUUUCAACAGCACCCUGCCCACCAUGGAUCAGAUGCUGAAGGCUCUGGAUUUAGGGUUUGAAACUUGCAGGUAUGGAUUCAUACAAGACAAUGUGGUGAUCCCGAGGAUCACCCCCAAUGCCAUCUGCGCAGCCAACAACACAGGAGUGUAUAUCCUCCAGUCCAAUACUUCCCACUACGACACAUAUUGCUUCAAUGCCUCAGCGCCCCUUGAAGAAGACUGUACAUCUGUCACAGAUCUGCCCAAUUCCUUCGACGGACCAGUGACCAUAACUAUUGUCAACCGUGAUGGCACCCGCUACAGCAAGACGGGAGAGUAUAGGACACACCAAGAAGACAUCGAUGCCUCAAAUACUAUUGAUGUUGAUGUCAGUAGCGGAUCUUCCAGUGAGAAGAGCACCUCAGAAGGCUACAUUUUCCACACCUUCCUUCCCACCGAACACGCAACUGGAGAUGAGGAUGAAUCCUACUUCACCAGGAGCACCCCGAGCACCAUUGCCUCAACUGUGCACUCAAACAGCCAUGCAGCAACUCAGAAACAAAAUAACUGGAUGUGGUUUUGGUUUGGUAAUUCACAAUCCACGACACAGACUCAGGAGCCCACAGCAUCAACUGCUACAACAGCCUUGAUGACCACCCCUGACACACCGCCCAAAAGGCAAGAAGCCCAGGACUGGUUUUCAUGGUUUUUUCAACCAUCAGAGUCCAAGAGUCAUCUUCAUACAACAACGAAGAUGCCUGGUACGGAAUCAAAUACCAACCCAACAGGCUGGGAGCCAAAGGAGGAAAAUGAAGAUGACACAGACAAAUACCCCAGUUUUUCUGGAUCAGGCAUUGAUGAUGAUGAAGAUUUUAUCUCCAGCACCAUUUCAUCCACUCCACGGGUUUCUGACCACCCAAUACAAAACCAGGACUGGACCCAGGGGAAGCCAAGCCAUUCAAAUCCAGAAGUACUACUUCAGACAACCACCAGGAUGACUGAUGUAGACAGAAACAGCACCAUUGCUCAUGAAGAAAACUCAACCCAGGAACCACAGCCUCCUGUCAAUCACCAUGAGUAUCAGGAUGAAGAGGAGACUCCGCAUGCUACAAGCACAACUUGGGCAGCUCCUAGUAGUACAGCAGAAGCAGCAGCUACCCAGCAGGACCUGUGGUUUGAGAGUGGAUGGCUGGGGAAGUACUCCCCCACACCAACGGAAGACUCCCAUGUGACAGCAGGGGCAACUGCCUCAGACGACAAUAACCAUCCAAGUCAAAGAAUGACGACACAGAGUCAAGAGGAUGUCUUCUGGACUGAGAUCUUGGACCCAAUCUCACAUCCAAUGGGACAAGAUCAUCAAACAGAAAGGAAGGAUACAGACUCCAGCCAUAGUACAACCCUUCAGCCUGCUGCAACUCCAACUACUCAUGUGGUGGAAGACUUGAACAGGACAGGACCACAUUCAGUGACUACUCCACAGAGUCAUUCUCAGAAAGUCUCUACAUCACAUGAAGAACUGGAAGAAGACCAAGACCACCCAACAACUUCUAUUCCGCCGUCUAGCACUAGGAGUGGUGGUAAAGACGGAAGAAGAGGCCCAAGCCUUCCCAAAGACACAGCUACUUCUCUGGAAGGCUACACCCCUCAUUAUCCAGACACAAUGGAAAAUGGGACUCUCACCCCACUGGCCCCUGCCAAGACUGGGGUCUUUGAAGAAACCAAAGUGACUGUUGCUGCAGACUUCGACUUUAAUGUUGAUGGCUCCUUACCAGAAGGCCGAGACACAUCCAUGGACCCCAGGCAUGGUUCCAACACUGUGACAUAUGGAUCCGGAUCAGCUGGACACUCAAGUGGGAGUCAAGAGGGUGGCGCGAACACGACUCCUCUUCCUGGGAGGAGACCUCAGAUUCCAGAAUGGCUCAUCAUCCUGGCAUCUCUCCUGGCACUGGCUCUGAUUCUGGCUGUUUGCAUUGCUGUCAACAGUAGGCGCAGGUGUGGGCAGAAGAAAAAGCUGGUGAUCAACAGUGGCAAUGGGAAGGUGGAGGACAGGAAGACAAGUGAGCUCAAUGGAGAGGCCAGCAAGUCUCAGGAAAUGGUGCAUUUGGUGAAUAAGGAACCAUCAGAGACUCCAGACCAGUUUAUGACCGCCGAUGAGACCCGGAAUCUGCAGAAUGUGGACAUGAAGAUUGGGGUGUAGUGACUACCCCAGUAGCUUGGAAAGACACCAAAUUGCUGACAUGUCAAUACUGGGAGCUGGGACCCUUCACAGAUGCAGUGUGCUACUGAUUACUUUCAUUGGGGAUAGUUUCAGCAUAAAAUUUUCUAUUCCUUUUACAUUUUUAAAAAAGUCCGUUCCAAUUUAUGAAAACAGCAUUGCUUUCUGAAACAAGGGCCCCAAGAAUAUUCCAUUAAGAAUUUGACUCUUCCAGUUCCUCCUGAGAAGCCUUGCAUUCCCAGGGUAUGCUACGGGUGGCUUCUAUCAAAUUCAUAUUCUUGGUCCCUAUUGAACACUUUCCCUACCCUAUGUUCCAGGUAAUAGUGACCAGCUAGGGACUUUCCCCAGGGCUUAGAGGAAUUGGUCUCUGGGAGGAAAUUUGAAUGGGUCCAUAUUGCCUCUCCAGCAGUCCAGUCCUUGAGCAUUGUUUUCCAGUGGGGUGGGAGAUCAGGUGUACUGGUUACACACCCUUUUUAUAGACUCCCCUCUCUGUUGGAAAAAGUUCAGAUGCUUCUGAGAGAUCCCCAAAGGGUGAUGCUAUUUAUCUAUAGUAAGCUAUUUAUCUUUGUUUUUGAAAUAUCAAACCCUGGAGGUCCUUUGUUCAAUAUGACUUUUUUUUUAGGUUACUUUGUCAAAAGCAUAACAGGGUAUAAGUUGAUUCAUAAUAAACACCUGUCCAUCUUCCAGCUUGACCUUGUGCUUCAGUUUCUAAUCUGCAAGGUCUGAGUCUUCAUAGCGUAUCAGGAUCACUUUAGAAUGGUCCUCCUAAACCCAUGUUAGGGUACCUGUGCCCAACUCGGGUUCAUCCAACUAAAUCUCAUAGAAGAUCAAGGAAGGAAACAUUGUUUUGUAUCUAGGGUAUCAAAAGGGUUUCUUUCCUAUUCUGGAAUCUGAAUUGUCGGUAGGCAAGUUUUGGUCACUUUGUGCUUUGGUGGUCACCCUUUUCUCUUUCUUAAAGGGCACAUUAAGUUUCUAUGUCCUUCAGUUUUUAGGGUCCUAUUUCAUAGAAGCCAGUUCUAGUAGAGAUUUUACCAAACAGUAUGGUGGAGGCUUGUGAUGCCUUGUAAUAAAAGGAGAAGCCAACUGAAAUUAAAGUGUAGACAGCGAGACGUAGUUGGCAUCACGAGGGUGUGGUGUACAACCCAUCCCACUAUUUUCAUGGAUGUGUUUGUUGACAUUUUCACAAGCAGUUGGUACUCAGAAUGAGUUGCCUGGGAAUCCCCCAAAAAGCCACAGGGCUGCCCACUACUGGAAUCUUAUCACCAGACAAGCAGGUUUAUGGUUUAGCCAUGGAAGAAUGGUAUUACCCUCUAACCUCAUAUUCUUUUUACAUACUGGGUAAGUGUUUGGUGGCAUUUAUUCAUCUGCCAGAAUGUCCCUUUGCUCCUGGAUCUUCCCAGGUUACUUGUAGAAGAAAUUAAAUCCAUAAGGUAAGGUUUCCUGUAAAGUAAUACUUCUUUUCUAAGGCUCCCAUGAUGUUACUGUUGACUAAGUUUAUAUGUUUAAUAUUUUUGUCAAAUAAAAACAAAACAAGAGAAAAAUUUCCCAUCUAAAUCUGAUUUGAGUAUAUGUCAAGAGUGGACUCAGGCUUUAUUUAAAGGCCAUACACAGACUUUCCACCAGUCAUUCCCAGCCUCAGCUCUUCCAAUCCCCUUUCCUGCCUCCUUCUGUCCCUGCUUACCUCUUCCCAAUGCCAUGGCUUCCACAAACUUCCUUUUUCCUUCUUCUGUGAAUGCUACUAGUCAGUUUCAUAUUUAGACACCUAGUUUUCUUCUUCUUUUCCAGUUGAAAUAGACACGAGGUUAUUCUUUGUUGUUCUCCAUGGUGUUAGGAUGCCCCUGUCCUUAGAGCUGUCCUGGCUAACCAGCCCACAACGAGCUCACUGUAGGCAAUGAGUCACUCUGUCAUUGGUAUGAAAGGGCUCUGCCAAGCUCUCCUUGAUCCCUAGAUACCCUUUGGAGGCACAAGGAGAGCCAUGGAAGUCUCAGGGCUAGAGAGAAUUCUCUCCCCAGCCUAGACAUGCCCACCAGUGGGUUGGGUUGGAUAUUGUUUACUGUGAUUGUUAUAGUUCCCGUAGCAUAGCCUGACUUUGUAUUGCUCCUAUCAAUCACUUGCUAGGUGAUAUAGACUAAGUCAUUGAACUGGGAGCUUGUUAAUAAAAAUAAGGGGCAGGCAUUUAGUGAUUCAUGUAAAGUAACACGAGCACUUCAGAUGUCAUUUUCACUAGCAAUUGUAAAUCUGUAUCCUGAAGGAUUUCUUUCGAGUAGCCUUCAGUAAAAAAAUCAAGAGGGGAAAGAUACCUUCACAUCUGUGUUUUGUAGGUUCUAGCUAGAUAAAAAUGGAUGUUUCCAGAACCUUUAAAAAAAUUUUACAUUGACAUCCUUAGUACCAAGAGUUGGCUUUAUAGCCAAUAUCCAUUUAAGACUUUUGCAAUGAAGUGGAAGAAAGAGCCACCUUCUCUGGAAAAGUAAAAUGUUCAGAAGAACAGUAAUUGUCCACUCUUACAUCCUAUUUCUUUGAGUAAAUCUUCUGGGUUGACAUUUCAAAUGUAGCCAAUUGUAAUGUUUGUACAAUGACUUUCGCUAUUGUUCCUUUGAGUUUUUCAGAGACCACCCUCCCUUUCUCUGGUUUUUGUGUAUUUAUUAAUUGACCAAUAAUAAUGAGGAAAGCAUGGUCUGUGUACCCAACUGAAAGUGUGUAUUGGAAAACAUUAAAAGGUCAUAAGAAAU